AGCCGAUGGCUGAAGCCUUCUUUGGUGGUGUUGUGGCUCCACUGUGUUUCCAGCACAGAAGUGUGUGGAUGCUGUUGGGACGAGUGACAGGACUUGUUUUGAAGUAUUUCUAGCUAUUAGAAGAGAAGCUGUCCUUCCCUGCAGCAUAGUGGGAUCUGCUUACAUGAAGGGACAGGGAAAUUAUUUCCAUGGAGAUCCUCUGCUGACAGCUGGACUGAGCAUGUGUCAAGAAAAAUCCACACACAAGGGCAGACAGCCAAAAGAUGACUGAAACUCCACUACCAAAUGCAGGAGGACUGUUAAUACCUGCCAGGGCUCUCACAACAAGCAGUUCUGGUUUCUGUUCCUGCACAUCACAAUGCACAGCUGCAUUUCAAGUACUGGCUAUGGCUAAAAGCGAGCCAUUGUCUCACAGCAGUGCCACACACAGUCAGGGUCUCUCCAAAGUUCCACCAAGUGAGAAGAGUGAUGACCAUCCUUUUCUUUACUAUGGUUAUCUCAUACUUCACUUGCAUGAAAGCUGCCCCAAUGAAAGAAGCCAGUCUAAGAGGACAAGGCAGCUUGGCUUACCCAGGCCUCCGGACCCACGGGACUCUGGAGAGCAUAAACGGGCCCAGUGCCGGUUCCAGGGCGCUGACAUCGUUGGCAGACACCUUUGAGCACGUCAUAGAGGAGCUCCUGGACGAGGAGCAGGACAUCCAGCCCGGCGAGGGAAACAAGGAUGCAGACUUGUACACAUCCCGAGUGAUGCUGAGCAGCCAAGUGCCUUUGGAACCGCCGCUGCUGUUCCUGCUGGAGGAGUACAAAAACUACCUGGAUGCCGCCAACAUGUCGAUGCGCGUGCGGCGCCACUCGGACCCCGCGCGCCGCGGGGAGCUGAGCGUCUGCGACAGCACCAGCGAGUGGGUGACGGCCGCCGAGAAAAAGACUGCGGUGGACAUGUCCGGGGCCACCGUCACCGUGCUGGAGAAAGUGCCCGUGCCCAAAGGCCAGCUGAAGCAAUACUUCUACGAGACCAAAUGCAACCCCAAGGGGUACACAAAGGAGGGCUGCAGGGGCAUAGACAAGAGGCACUGGAACUCGCAGUGCCGAACUACGCAGUCUUACGUGAGAGCUCUCACCAUGGAUAACAAAAAGAGAGUUGGCUGGCGCUUCAUAAGGAUAGACACUUCUUGUGUAUGUACAUUGACCAUUAAAAGGGGAAGAUAGUGGAUUCGUGUUGUAUAGAUUAUAUUGAGACAAAAUUAUCUAUUUGUAUAUAUACAUAACAGGGUAAAUUAUUCGGUAAAAAAUAAUUUUAUGGACUGCAUGUAUGACUGAAGUUUAUACAGUACAGUGGUUACACAAUCUAUUUAUUGAACAUAUCCAUGACCUGAAGGGGAACAAUAGUCAUUUGCGCACAAGUUUAAACAAAGAAACAAAAAAAAAAAUCAAAAAAAAAAAAAAGAAAAGCGAACAAAAAAGUCUGCAUUACAUUCCUCCAUAACAUUGUGGUUUGUCGCCGUUGCCAAGAAUUGAAAAUAUAAAAAAUUUUAAAAAAAAGAAUAAAAUUGCAUGCUGCUUCAAUUGUGAAUUAAUGAUAAACUGUCCUCUUUCAGAAAAAUAAAUUGAACCAAAACAUUCUGUUUA